GGCAAUUUCCCCUCUUUAAUAUUGAUCGAUUUGUUAGUAUUUGAUUGUUUCAAGUUGCUUGAUUGAAUAUUAAUUUCAAGCCGACUUUUCUCCCCUUUCCUUCCCUUAUGUUGUCUCUGUUACGUGCGGAAACCUGAGGCUGUUCGUCAUCUUUCAGCUGCUCCGAUCUUCUUCCGCGGGUAUCGAUCGUGUUCCAGGUUUACUGGGCUGCGCUGCCUCUGCCUCAAUCUUCUUCACCUUCACCUACAAUCGUUACCUACUACCUACCUUACCUUACCUUGCUCACCUUGCCCUACCUAGAUCUUCUUUCUCGCUUCAUACCGCUUUUGAUCAUACGGGCACUGGCUGUCAGUGUCUAUUCUAACUCAGCUCGCCAUUGGCUUGGCACUGCAUCACCGUUGUUCCUUGCCUGGUUUGCGGGUCGCUUCUUAAGUUGUUCGCCACCAGCCUAAGAGCUAAACUAAACGUCAACCAACGGACGGCAUACCACCUUGCAUCGAUCAUAUCUAUCUCAUCGCCUUGAUAACCUCGUUUGGCUCUUGUUCCUGGAUCGAGCCGGACCAUUUCCUCCUUAUUUAUUACUUCUCUUUUAAUCCUCCAUACGACCCUUUACCACUCAACCUGUGUUACUAAUCUCAACAUCUGUUGACCUCACGCGGACCUUCUCACACUUGGCCUCCUACAUCACCCAACCUCGAUCUUUCGCCUCAACGACGUCUUGAACUAUCUUCCAGUCUGGCUUCACGCGCCUUUCGCCUCGCCGGCCUUGCUGUCGGCCUUGGUUUGAGUGCCUUGACUGCGUAUCAACGCAGCCAAGCGCAGCAGAUGUCUUCUCAUGCCGAGAGGCAUGGCCACCUCGAUGCGACCGCGGGCCGUGAGGUAGUCUAUUGCCACGCCUGCGCUGGGGAAUGGUAUCGAGAUGAGAAUGGACUAACUUGUCCCGAAUGUCACGGCGAGAUCACAGAGAUUAUCGAUCCCGCAAACGAUCCCCGCGACUUUGAUCACCACUCCUCUGCCUCCACCUCACCCGAGCAUCAUCCGUACGAUUCAGAUCCUGAAGAAGCCGACAUAGAUGAGCAUGCUCAGCAUGGCUUUGUGUUCCGACGGAGCGUCCGAGACGGUCCGAACCACCCACAUCAUCAUGAUCCCGCUACUGCGCCAACUUAUGAGCGCUUCUGGGACAUGCUUAACGGAUUUGGACCUCGAGCACCUGGCGGAAACGGAUCUUUCCCAUCGAGCCCUGGAGAACAUGAACAGCCCCAAGAACCAAACUUUGGACCGCGCAUUCACCGGACGACUUUCACAUCAGGGCCAUUAGGCGGAACGACUUCUGUAACAAUCGUCUCGGGACCUAUACAUGCAACAAGCCGUGGUCCUGCUGGUGCCCCAGGAGGCGAAACAUUUCAAGAGUAUGCACAACCCCCAUUUCAGCUUGCUGAACGACCUGGCGGCUUGCGAGUCACGGCCAUUUCCAUGACUAUUGGAGCUAACCAACGUGCCAGUUUCUUUCAGAACAUGCUACGCGACAUUGUACCACCACCACCCGCUCAUAAUCAUGGCGGCGAGGAAGGCGCCGGAGGUCCUCCACCCGGUCUGGCUCAAAGCUUGCAGGAUAUCCUGAAUCUUCUGAAUCCAGCAAAUGCAAUGCAUGGUGAUGCAGUAUACUCCCAAGAGGCUCUGGAUCGGAUCAUCACUGGACUCAUGGAGGCCAAUCCCCAGUCCAACGCCGCCCCUCCAGCUACAGAGGAAGCUCUCAAAAAUCUGGAACGAAAACCUAUCGACAAACAAAUGUUGGGUUCGGAGGGAAAGGCAGAGUGUACCAUUUGCAUUGAUGAGAUGAAGGAGGGGGAUAUGGCCACAUUUUUACCUUGUAACCACUGGUUUCAUGAGGAGUGUGUCACCUUGUGGUUGAAGGAGCACAACACUUGCCCCAUUUGCCGAACGCCGAUCGAAAAGACUGAUCGCAGUGGCAACAAUAAUGGCGGCAAUGGAAACAACAAUAACAAUAACAAUAGCGGUGACGGCAACCAAUCCCAAGGUCCAAAUCCAGGGCCUAACUCUGACCAACCGAAUCCGUUUGGAACGCGAGCGUCAUUCACGUUUACUCCCAACCAGUGGACAACAUUCGACAGCCCUCAUUCUCACACACGCCCGAUGCGGUUCUCGCGACCUCCGAGUCAGAGCCAGAGUCGCCUGAAUGAAGCUUUGCGUACUAUCUCGAACAGGCAACAAGAGAGAGAACGUGAACGCGAGCGUGAACGAGGCGAGACAUCGGGGUUUAGCUACGAUACGUCUCGACUUCAGCGACGAAGCUCACACUCUCCAACAAGUCCUAGAGCGACUGCCCUGAGUGAACAUGGCGCUCGGAUGAGACAGAGAAGCCCUUCUCAGAGUAGCCGACGGUCAGCGGCGGACUCGGAUCAACAACGUCGACAGAGCAGCCAUGGCCCCAUUAGCUGGCUCCGCGAUAGAUUUGGCGGAGGAGGGCCUGGUAACGGACCACCACGAGAGGGAAGGCGAGAGUAGGAUCGUCACUCACCAAACUCUGGGGGAGUCAUAUUGGGGACGAUAUCAGAAGUCCUGAUUCCUCGUCGUUCACUCGCAAGGAAGUGGCAUGAAGACAAUGAGAGGUCUUAGAGGCAGACCUUGAUGAGAGAACGUAUUGCUAUCGUGCCGCCUCGAUACACAACGUGCAAUGACUGCAGCCAAGUGCCAAUUUCUUAACGUAUGCGCUUCGAUGUACGGAAUAGAAUAGAGGUUUAGUUGGUCGGGCACACGGGAAUGAUUGGAAUUGAGCUACGAGCGGCAUUGCUAAUUACAUAAAUGGACGUCAGGGAUACCCCAUAAAGAAUGAAGACUGAUGUUGAGUGCUUUUACUGUGAGCUUGAGCCAUGCUGGUUGUGUUAAUGGAUAUCAAACACUUGUAUCCCCGACAACGGCUGUUUAGUGUGCCAAUGUUCACAGCCUCCUGUAAGGUAAUGCUAAUGUGUUCAAGUCUAUUGGCUGGUUGUUGAGAUACCAAGCAAGUCUCACAAGAGCCGAACUUACAUCAACCUUUGACUAUUAAGCUGUCUGCGAAAUAUAGACGCCUCACUGUUAUAUAUUGAAAAUUUGGCAGCUUCUUGUAAUGCCAACGCAUGAUUGAGGGGAUGGCUCAGGACAAGAGAUGUUUACUGCCGAGAACAAAGUAAUGUAUUUGACUAUCUCGCUGCAUGAAUCCAGAAAUCUCACAUC